UUGACAGUUCGUUGUUUUAGCGAAUCGCUCGCGUGCGUGUUUACCAGAGGGUUUUUUUUUGCUUCUGCUGGAAAACAUCUGAUUUUUCGUGAAAAUUUUUCCUGAUUUUCUGGCAGAUGCACCCAUUUUCCGACCAAACAGGUAACUUUUCACGGUACGUUAUCCGCAGUUGAUUCCAGCGUGGCAUCCAGUAUGCCCCAUCAAUGAAUGAGUUCGAGUGUCGUCAGUUUGUCUGCUGCAAGUGUACCUAGCUAGUUCGAAGUCGUGCGAAAUUUUGAGUGCUGCCGUCGCCGCCGCCCACUGGAAUCGAAUGCAAUAAUUGAAACCAUCAUGAGCGAGUCUAGCGUUCCACCGAGUCAGCAGAACCAGGCGCUGGGUUUCGCUCCAGCCGGAUAUGAUAGCGAUAAUUCGGAAGACGAGAUGCUGAUGGUGAUGCCGGACACAUCGACGUCCAGCGGGGAGUCCGGAAGGUGCUUCGAUGACGAGCGGAUCAAGAUUGUGCCGCACAUCGGUUGGCGGGCCGGCAUUGGGGAUCGUGAUUUUGACAUCGAGCUGGACGACAAUAUUGCCACUUGGUUCGAGGGCUUCCGCGAUAAUUUUAAGACGUUCAAAAAGGGACCGGUGAUUUCGCAGCGACUGCAGAUGUUCUAUAUGAACACGCGGAAUCCGUACGAGUGGUCGCUGAAGCUGUUUGCCAACUGUCCGGACCAUAAUUCACCGAAGAGCAAUUCGUUGGCGUACACGGUGCUGGAGGAGAUGCGCAACUUCAAGAAGCACUACAAUCUUGGAACGGACCAGCUGGUGGACGAUAAUCUCCGAAUGGUGGCGUUCAACUUUGUGGCCAAACAGGGGCACUGCCUGUUGUUCCGGAUGGUUGUGGACACGUUUGAGUUCCUACAGUGCCGCGAGUUGUUCGUCCCGAAGUUACGGGAGAUGAUUGCCCGGAAGCAGUACAAAGAAGCUGGCCAGAUUGCGAUCGAUCUGGAGCUGUUCGAUGAGUUCGACGAGCAUGACUUUGUGAUGCCCCUUUUCAUGCAGGACAAGAUAUCGAUUGCGGAAGAUUACCUGAACAAGGCCGAAAGGCUGCAGAGGCCCGUCGUGCAGUUGCUGGACUCGUUCUUCGAUAAGAGGCAGUCCGUGGAAAGUCAUUGCUCGAGAUAUAUUACCGAGCACGAAGUUUCGGACGUUUACUACAGUAAACUACAUCAGAAACCGCUGAGCAAGUUGGUUCAACGAUUGGCCAAAAACUACAAUGUCCCGAAGCAGUUCACACCGAAUGUGAACAAGAUGAAGAACUUCGGGGCCCUUCAGUUCUUGGUUCACAAGCGAUAUACCGAGAAAAGUUUAAACAAAGAUUCCUGGGACGAAAUGGUGCGGGACACUGUUUCCGAAACGGACCGAGAACUGCAGCUGGAACUGGUGUGUCUCUGUUCGAACUUUAACGAUCAACAAGAGGCUGCCAAGUGGGCCUCCCAUUAUAAGCUCAAACGAACCGAUCUUCCCCUGCUGGUACAGGAUUACAUCUUGGAACAAGAAGGCAACCAGCAGCUACCCCGGCAAGACAUCGACGACGAACAGUGGGAUGCCCCGGAAAGUGAACCCGCGCAUACGCUCCGGCUGGAUGAAUCUCACGUCCAUUUGGUGGACACGAAGGACAAAUUUCUCGCCAUGCUGUCGGAUCUCAGCCGGCAGUCGGUGGUUGCGUUCGAUUCCGAAUGGAAGCCGACCUUUGGUGGGGCAAAUGAGGUUUCCCUCAUUCAGUUGGCCACGUGGGACGACGUGUACAUGAUCGAUGUGUUGGUCAGCCAGCUGGAACCGUCGGAUUGGGCUGCCCUGGCGAAGAAUGUGUUCAACCGGGACGACAUUCUGAAGCUGUCGUUUGCUCCGUCUACCGAUAUUUCGAUGUUUCAGAAAGCACUGCCGUCUUUCAAUGUGAUCUAUAGCUCGCAGAAUACAUCGGCGAUACUGGAUUUGCAGCUUCUGUGGCGCCAUGUGGAACGGUUCGACAGCUUCCGGUUUCCCUAUCAUGAGGAAUCCGUCAAUCAAAAUCUCGCCAACCUGGUUCGGCUGUGUCUGGGCAAAAAGUUGGACAAGUCCAAUCAGUUCUCAAACUGGGCCAAGCGUCCUUUGCGGAAGGAGCAGCUCCGGUAUGCGGCCCUGGACGCCUUCUGUCUGCUCGAGAUCUACGAGGCCAUCGAGCGACAGCUGACCCACAUUCAGCUGGAUCCCAACGAGAUUCUGAACGCCCUGCUGAAUGAUGUCCGACCAAACAACGAUGGUGGCUCCACGAGGAGGACAGGCUGGUCCCAGGAUGGAUCAUCUUCAAGCUCACGGCGCAACCAUCGGGAUAGGCACAAGAAACGACUCGCCCACAGCAGUGGGGACGCCAACAGCGGGAAUUCAUCCCGCAACUACCAAAAUCACCAUCUGUCACACCAAAAUCGUCCCAAGGCCAAAGGCGUUGGUUCUCGGGAGCAGCAACCGUUCCCCGGCCCCAAUACGAAAUCUGUACUCGUUUCGGAGGUUCGGUUCGUGUGCGAUCGGAUGCUGGAGGGACUGGCGAAGAUGCUGCGGCGCUUCGGAAUCGAUACCGUGGCGAUUCGGAACGAGAAAGGCGAUCGGUGUGUGUUCGUGGCCCACCAGGAGGGCCGAUACGUGCUGACGCGGGGAGCCAAUUUCCACAAGUACUGCGAAUACCUGCCGCCGGGCAACUGCUACAACGUGAGCAACGAUCGCGUCGAGGACCAGCUGUUGGAGGUACUGCGCUACUACAAGAUCGUCGUCCGCCAGGAGAACAUCUUUAGCCGGUGUCAGCUGUGCAACUGUGGUCGCUUCCUGUCGGCCACUCCGGAGGAUGUCUACCGGCUGAAAACCGGCACCCCCAUGCCGGCCAACUAUAUGGACAUGCACCGAAAGGAUCCCCUACCCUCGGAUGACCGUCGAAUGAAGCUCGAUCGCAGUUGGAUUCUGGACAGCCUGGGGGAGCGCCAUCACAAGGCCGGCCGGACGGAUGCCGGCGUUCCCAUCGAUAUCGGCUACGUGAGCGAUUCUGUGAUUGCCAAUGUGGAUGUGUUCUACAUAUGUGAUGGGUGUGGCCGGUGCUACUGGGACGGGUCGCAUCUGGAGAACAUUCUCGCCGGCAAGCUGGUCGACCUGCUUUCGCUUAAGUAUGAUUAAGUGUGACUGUUGUUACCUGUUGAGAGGCAGUUGUGGGGAGAUUUUCGAAUAAAGCUGAUAAUAUGUAUUUAAUCGUUUUUGCAUAGGAAA